CUUGUCAUAUGUAUGUGUGUGUUUUCAAUAGGCAUUUAAUUUUUAGGCAAUAUUAAAUUAUCAAAUUUAAUACUACUACGAGAAAGUGUGAAAAUUUGCAAAUGUGCAAUUAAGUGAUAAAUAACAACAAUUUUAGGCCGAAGAUAUGCAGUGCCGAGCUAGAAUGCUUAAGACAUAACUAUUCCACAUCAAAAAUUAAAUUGGACAUUAAGAAUACAGGAUGGGCGACGUAGAUCCAGAAACUUUACUGGAAUGGUUGUCCAUGGGACAAGGAGAUGAGCGGGAUAUGCAACUAAUUGCCCUAGAGCAGUUAUGUAUGUUGCUUUUGAUGUCUGAUAAUGUUGAUCGUUGUUUCGAAAGUUGUCCGCCACGUACAUUUUUACCGGCAUUGUGCAAGAUAUUUUUAGAUGAGCUGGCACCCGAAAAUGUGCUCGAAGUGACCGCCAGAGCAAUCACAUAUUAUCUGGAUGUGUCGGCCGAAUGCACACGGCGCAUUGUUUCUAUCGAGGGUGCCAUCAAAGCGAUCUGCAAUCGCCUCGUUGUCGCGGAUCUAUCAUCGCGUACUUCGCGCGAUCUUGCCGAGCAAUGCAUUAAGGUGCUUGAAUUGAUUUGCACCCGCGAGGCGGGAGCUGUUUUUGAGGGCGGUGGUCUCAACUGUGUGCUCUCCUUUAUACGUGACAGUGGGUCGCAAGUGCACAAGGAUACGCUCCACUCGGCAAUGGCUGUGGUGUCGCGUCUCUGCACCAAGGUCGAGCCCAACUCGCCAUGCAUCGAUAAUUGUGUAGAGAGUCUGAGUACAUUGCUACAACAUGAGGACGCCAUGGUUUCGGAUGGCGCUUUAAAAUGUUUUGCUUCCGUUGCGGAUCGUUUUACACGCAAAUGGAUAGAUCCAGCGCCGCUGGCUGAAUACGGACUAGUUACAGAGCUAUUGAAACGCCUAGAGAAUGCGGGCGGAACUAGUAGUCAUCAUACGUUAGCUGCUACCAAAAUUAGUGGACCACAAACAGCCGGAAGUGCGAGUGGAAGUGGAACUGCAACAACGGCUGCUGCAGCUACAACGGCAAAUGCAACUCCUGCAUCCAACACGGAUAGUUUAAACGAUAAUGUGGCUGGCACUGCAGCCGCCAAUACAUCCAGCAAAAUACAAACGAGUGAAGCGCAUCGUUCCCCACAAUCGAUUUCCACAACAAUUUCGUUGUUGUCCACGCUGUGUCGCGGUUCGCCGUCGAUAACCCGUGACAUCUUGCGCUCGCAGCUGCCGAAUGCCAUCGAACGUGGCCUCAAAGGCGAUGAGCGGUGUGUGCUUGAUUGCAUGCGAUUUGCCGAUCUUUUGUUGCUGCUGCUGUUUGAGGGUCGUCAGGCAUUAAAUCGUGGCAAUGCCUCCACCAGUAGUCAAGGUCAAUUGGCGCCGCGUCCUAAGCGCAACGAUAUGAGCAAUGAUCGCACCCAUCGUCAGCUCAUCGAUUGCAUACGCUCCAAGGACACGGAAGCCUUGCAAGAGGCCAUUGAGGCUUGUGGCGUCGAUGUAAAUUGCAUGGACGAUGUGGGCCAGACGCUGCUUAAUUGGGCCUCGGCUUUUGGCACCUUAGAGAUGGUCGAGUAUUUGUGCGAAAAGGGAGCCGAUGUCAAUAAGGGACAACGCAGUUCCUCUCUACAUUACGCAGCCUGCUUUGGCCGUCCUGGCAUUGCCAAGAUUUUGCUCAAGUUUGGCGCUUACCCCGACUUGCGGGAUGAGGACGGCAAAACGCCGUUGGAUAAGGCACGCGAGCGAUCUGAUGAUGGGCAUCGCGAAGUCGCUGCUAUUUUGCAGUCGCCAGGUGAAUGGAUGUCAUCAGGUCACAUGAUAGCUAGCAAGGAUGGUCAAGCUUAUACACUCAUGGAGCCACGUGGAGAUCCUGAAAUGGCUCCUGUAUAUCUCAAACUAUUGUUGCCCAUUUUCUGUCGGACGUUCCAAGGAUCCAUGCUGAGUUCAGUGCGUCGUGCCAGCUUGGGACUGAUCAAGAAGAUUGUGCAGUACGCACAUCCAUCGGUGCUAAAGAGCAUCUGCGCCAAACAGGAUGAGGCCACCAACUUGAUGGCUGCCCAAAAUGUGGGCAACCUGAUGACAGAAGUCAUUGCCAGUGUGCUGGAUAGUGAGGAUGAUGAGGAUGGUCAUUUGAUCAUCUUAAAUAUUAUUGAGGAACUCAUGUGUAAGACACAGGAAGAAUUUCUCGAACAUUUUGCCAGACUCGGCGUAUUCUCUAAAGUGCAAGCUUUAAUGGAUCAGAGUGAGGAAGGCGGCUCGCAGUUGCUGACAGCCAGCUCGCAGGAUUUGGCUGCCGCCCAGAGAUGCCCAGUGCUGUGCAUGCCGCAUAGAUCAACGUCAGAUGAUUCCAUGGAGGAUGCCAAGGAGAUCUUGCAAGGCAAGCCAUAUCAUUGGCGUGACUGGAGCAUUUGUCGCGGUCGCGAUUGCCUCUAUGUUUGGUCGGACUCGGCCGCCUUAGAGCUGUCAAAUGGCUCGAAUGGUUGGUUCCGUUUCAUACUUGAUGGCAAGCUAGCCACAAUGUACUCCAGCGGCAGUCCAGAAAAUGGCAACGACAGUUCAGAGAAUCGUGGUGAGUUCUUGGAGAAGCUGGUACGCGCUAGAUCCAGUGUAACUCCUGGGACACCCUCACAACCAAUUUUGCCCACUGUUUGUGUGCUGCGGCUUGUCGUGGGCAAUUGGGUAAUGCAGUCGCCGAAGCCAAAUCAAUUGCAGAUACACAAUACCGAAGGUCAUCAAGUGACCAUUUUGCAAGAGGAUCUGCAAGGAUUUAUAUUCGAAAGCAAUCGUGGGACAAAACAUUCAUUCACAGCAGAAACUUCGCUGGGCGCCGACUUUGCUUCUGGCUGGUCAACCGAGAAGAAGAAGCGUAUCAAGUCCAAGACGGAUGUGCAAAAGAUACAAGUGCGAAAUCUAUCGCGCGAAAUCUACAACAAAUACUUUAAAUCAGCUCAGAUAAUACCAAGGGGUGCUGUUGCAAAGCUCACGGCAAUUGUCAAGCAAAUUAAUCUGGCCAUUGAGCAGCAACGUUUGGGCAACAAUAAUACCUGGUCCAACACAUUGUUUACAUCAUUAACGAAUCUAUCGCAAUUAAUACACGAGGACGGUGUUGUGAGUGCAUAUGAGAUGCAUUCGUCUGGUCUUGUCCAGGCACUCGUCGCUGUGCUGUCCAACAACUAUUGGGAGCACAACUUGACACGCUGCAAAACCAACAAAAUGCUGAAAGAACGCAUCGAUAUAUUCAAGAAGUGCAUAUUUGGUGAAGACACAAAGAACACGGCAAGCAUUUUGAUACAGAAAUUAGUUGCAGUACUCGAGAGCACAGAGAAGUUACCUGUCUUUUUAUACGAUGCCCCGGGCACCGGUUACGGCCUGCAGAUUCUACAGAAGCGUCUUCGUUUCCGCCUGGAGCGAUCCGCUUGCGAGAGCACACUCUUCGAUCGCACUGGACGCACACUGAAAAUAGAGCCGCUUGCGACGGUGGGACAACUGGCUAAAUAUCUGCUGAAAAUGGUGGCCAAGCAAUGGUAUGAUCUCGAUCGCUCAACAUUCUACUAUCUGAAGAAGUUGCGCGAACUCAAACCUGAUCUGCAGUUCACGCACAGUUUUGACUUUGACGAGGAAGGCUUAAUCUAUUACAUUGGAUCGAAUGGCCGCACCUGCGAAUGGGUGAAUCCCGCUCAAUACGGGCUGGUCCAAGUCACCAGUUCAGAGGGCAAAACGCUGCCAUAUGGUAAACUGGAGGACAUAUUGUCGCGCGACAGCGUCUCGCUCAAUUGCCACACCAAGGAUAACAAGAAGGCCUGGUUUGCCAUUGAUCUGGGUGUCUACGUUGUGCCCACAGCUUACACUUUGCGACAUGCACGUGGUUACGGUCGCUCGGCUCUACGAAAUUGGUUACUGCAGGCCUCAAAGGACGGCAACAGUUGGGUAACACUAAUCACUCAUGUGGAUGACAAAAGCUUGGUGGAACCGGGCAGCACAGCUACUUGGCCCAUCAUUUGCGCUGCGGAGGAGACAAAGGGAUUUAGGCACAUUCGAAUACAACAGAAUGGACGUAAUGCCUCUGGACAGACACACUAUUUGAGCUUGAGUGGCUUUGAGGUGUAUGGUCGCGUUGUUGGCGUCUGCGACGACAUUGGUAAGACCAUUAAGGAAGCAGAAGCAAAGACGCGACGCGAGCGACGUCAAAUACGAGCCCAACUCAAACACAUUACGAGUGGAGCGCGUGUUGUGCGUGGCGUCGAUUGGCGUUGGGAUGACCAAGAUGGUGCAGGUGAAGGAACCAUCACGGGUGAGAUACACAAUGGAUGGAUUGAUGUCAAAUGGGAUCAUGGCGUAAGGAAUUCAUAUCGCAUGGGUGCCGAGGGCAAAUACGACUUGAAAUUGGCCAAUUUGGAGAGUGUUGCCUCCGUGUUUGAGGGCGUCAACUCGAUGGUGCCAAUGGCAUCCAAGAAGAAUGACAAGGGCAACGUGUUGACUUCACGCAAAUCGAGUUCGACGCCAUCGUUGCCAGAGGCAACGGAGAUUAACAAGAACGCUGAGGAUGCUUCAAAUCAAACUGUUUCAGCGGAUAACCUUGCCUGGAAGCAGACAGUGGAGACAAUAGCAGAGAAUGUUUUCAUUUCGGCCAAGUCACAGAUAACCACAAAUCAAUCCAACACCGCUUUAACUAGAGACACACAAGCCACAUACAGUGAAUCAUCAGCUUCUGGAGCGGAACAAACGCUUAUGGCCAAGCCAAAUAUUCCGUCGCCCUUGAUACGCGAACUGGAGCAUAUUGCCGAUCUAUCAACCAUCAACAAUUCCAUGCCCAGCAAUGUCUCCGACCUGGCUACCAUCACUGAGAGUCUUUCAAUUGUGGAGAUAUCAAAGGAGGACGACGUUGCUGUCAAGCCCGAAGAGUGUGAAUCCUGUGACACUGUUGUUGCCAGCGAUGUGAUACGAGUUGCACACAUUGAGGAGAACAAUAAGAUGAAUGCAAACAAUUCCGCAAAGGGAUUACUGAUUAACCUCAAGCAAAGCAAUUCAGGCAGCUCUUCUUCCCAGUUCCCAGGCGAAUCUCGCGAAAUUAUUGUGGAUACAAUGCGCAAUAACAGCAACAACAUAUUGUCUGCAGACGAGCUGCAUUUACAUCGUGCAAAUGUCUCGGGCGGACUUAAAGGCAAUCCCAAGGUUUCCGUCAUCAUACAGUCUGGAAAUCUGCCGAAGAACGAAACUCCUGAUGAUGCAAUGAAGUCAUCCAUGCCCACACCGAAUCUAUCGAGUUCCGAUGAUGCUCCCGCUGUUUCAGCCUAUCAGGGCCAUAUUGAGAAUAUGAAUCCGCAAAUCUCCAAUGACGUUGUGUCCGUUUCCAAUCAAAUGAGUAUUAGUGUACCCAAUCUAACGACAACAAGCUCUUCAGAAGUUUCAUCCACCUCCGAGGCUGCCGUGCACAGCAGUUUCCUGGAGACAUUUGCGGCCAUCGCGAGACGUCGCACAUCGCAGGAUACGCACAACGAAAGCGGCGGCAAUCAGGCGAACAAAACUAACGCGAAUAAGAACGAGCACAGCAACCAGAAUGUCGGUGCCAGCUCCUUCUUUCCCAGGGGACCCAACUCGGUGACGAGUCUUGUAAAACUUGCUUUGUCCAGCAAUUUCCAUUCGGGGCUGUUGAGCACCGCCCAGAGCUAUCCCAGCCUGUCAUCCAACAACGAAGCGAAUGCUGCUCCCAAUCCCACAAAUAUGAAAGUCAGCCAGCAGCCAGCACCCUCCAUAAAUCCGACUCUAACUAUGAGCUUGACUUCUACGUCGAGUGACAGCGAACAGGUGUCGUUGGAGGACUUUUUGGAGAGCUGUCGUGCGCCCACUUUGCUAGGUGACAUGGAGGAUGAAGACGAUAUGGACGAGGAGAACGAUGAAGAGGAGAACGAGGACGAGUACGAAGAGGUGGGCAAUACUCUUUUGCAAGUGAUGGUAUCUCGGAACUUGUUGACCUUUAUGGACGACGAGUCACUGGAGAAUCGUUUGGCGGGCGUCAGCAAGCGCAAGUCCUGGGACGAUGAGUUUGUGUUAAAGCGCCAGUUCUCGGCACUCAUUCCAGCGUUUGAUCCGCGUCCUGGACGCACCAAUGUCAAUCAAACUUCGGACUUAGAAAUCUGUCCACCCGACACAAACAUGGAGAGUUUUCAUCAAAGCCGGCAGCCCAAUAAUGAGCAGACAAUGUUGGGUUUGAAAUUGCGCGGCCCGGGAGUAGGCGGAGUUCCUGAUGUGGAAAUUGAUUUGGACAACAGUGAGUGGACCAUUUUUAGAGCUGUUCAAGAACUCUUGCAGAACAGUCAGCUGAACAAAAACGACAAGUUCCGCAAGUUGUGGGAACCCACAUACACUAUUGUCUAUCGGGAGGUCUUGCCGACAGUGCAAGAAUGCACAUACCUGGAAUCGGAUGAGGGACAAAAUACGCCGGGAGUUUCAUCUCGAAGCGGUGCAUCAACAUUGUCGCCGAAUUCCCCAGUGCAUGGCGGCUUAAAUGUCACCGAUACAAACUUGUGUUCGGUGGAGGAUGUGCUGGAGUUGCUUAUCCAAAUUAAUGGGCUAAAUCAACAGGAAUUGGAGGCCCAGGAGCAAAAUGUUUCGGAGCAUUCUUUGCUGCCGGCUGAGCUGUUUAUGAGUAAAAAAAUUACCAACAAGUUGCAGCAACAAAUACACGAUCCGCUUGUGCUCUCGAGUAAUGCUCUGCCCAACUGGUGUGAGGAUCUAAAUCAAUCCUGUCCCUUCCUAUUUCCGUUUGAGACACGACAAUUGUAUUUCAACUGCACGGCAUUUGGCGCUUCGCGCAGCAUUGUUUGCCUGCAAUCUCAGCGUGACAUUACCACGGAACGCCAAAGAAUUCCAAUCAUGAGCCCGCGCCGCGAUGAUCAACAUGAUUUCCGUGUUGGACGCUUAAAGCAUGAGCGUGUGAAGGUACCGCGCAAUAAGGAUCUGCUCAAGUGGGCCAUUCAGGUGAUGAAGGCGCACUGCAAUCGCAAGUCGGUGCUGGAAGUGGAAUUCCUCGAUGAGGAAGGUACUGGACUGGGUCCCACCCUGGAAUUUUAUGCUUUGGUUGCCGCGGAAAUUCAGCGUUCAGAUCUUUGUAUGUGGCUGUGCGACGAUGAGCUCAGCGAGUCCUCCGAACUACCUCUUGCUCAGGAUGCGUCGGAAGAUCCCACUGAUGAUCAAUCGAAACCCGUUGGAUAUUAUGUCAAUAGACGUGAGCAAGGACUCUUCCCGGCACCAUUGCCGCAAAACUCUGAGAUCUGCGAGCAAGCAGCGAAGUAUUUCUGGUUCUUUGGUGUCUUUAUUGCCAAGGUUCUUCAGGAUAUGCGACUCGUUGAUAUGCCGCUUUCCAAAUCAUUUUUGCAGUUGCUCUGUCAUAACAAACUUUUGCGCAAUGAUCUGAAGCUCAAGACAAAUGCACGCUUCCAGGAUCUGACAAGUUCAGCAGGGUCUGAGUUGACUAACACGUUCUCUAAACUGUUUAAUGCCGAUUUAACACAAUCCAGUAGCUGGUUCAGUGGGAUUCUAACCAUUGAAAAUCUAAAGGAAAUUGAUCCAACGCGCUAUCAAUUUUUAAUCGAAUUACAAGACCUAUUGAUGCGCAAGCAGGUUAUAGAAAUGGAUGCCAGUCUCAGUAGUGAUAGCAAAAAGGAAUUAAUCGAUAAAUUGAAACUAUGCACCAAGAAUGAUAUUGAAGUAUCGUUAGAGGACUUGGCGCUAACAUUUACCUAUUUGCCCAGCUCAUCAGUGUACGGAUACACAUAUGCCGAGCUAUUGCCCAAUGGCGCUUCGAUUGAAGUGAACAUCGAAAAUUUGGAGGCGUAUUGCGAGUUGCUGCUCAAUUUUAUGCUGCAGGAUGGCAUUGCCAAGCAGAUGCAGGCGUUCCACGAUGGAUUCUGUGAAGUGUUUCCGUUAAACAAAUUGGCAGCAUUCAACCCAUGCGAAGCUCGAAUGAUGAUUUGCGGCGAGCAAUAUCCGCAAUGGACCCGUGAGGAUCUGAUGGCGUACACUGAACCCAAACUGGGCUACUCCAAAGAAAGCCCUGGUUUUUUGCGUUUCGUUAACGUUCUGUUGAGCUUGUCGGGUGCUGAGCGCAAGGCUUUCUUGCAAUUCACAACCGGCUGCAGUAGUCUACCUCCCGGCGGAUUGGCUAAUUUGCAUCCUCGGCUCACGGUGGUACGUAAAGUGGAUGCCGGACAAGGCAGUUAUCCAUCGGUGAACACUUGUGUGCAUUACUUAAAGCUGCCUGAUUAUCCGUCUGAGGAGAUAAUGAAGGAACGAUUAUUAACUGCAACGAAGGAAAAAGGGUUUCAUUUAAACUAAACAAAAAACAAAUAUGUAUUUCUUUGUAUUUUUAUUGAAAUUUGAGCUGGUUAUAAGCGCUUUGCAAACAAUAUAAUGAUAUGUAAAUACUAAAACAUAUACUAGCAAUUAACAAUUCCACUUAUCCAAAAUAAUGUAAAUUACUUAUAACUUAGUUAUCAC